GGACUCUCUUCGGGGAUUUAAUGCAUCUCAGUUUCCCGCGACUUCGUGUCUGAUCAUAACCUCCUCGUUUUGAAGCUCUCUAAAACUAAUCCAUGGCGUUUCAAAACCCUCCUUAUUCAUUGUAGUUGAUGACUCGAUGUUAGUUUUCCUCGAAAAGUUGAAGCUUUUUAUCUUCUGUAUUUUUCUCUGUUCUUAGCUUCCUGUUUAGCGGUUACAGAACUUCGAUAUUCAUGGUGAGAUAGAAGAAUGGUAACCCUAGAAUCUCUGUGGAGUUUGUAAGUUCUUUUGCAUUGCUCUGGGUUUCUGUUGAUUUGCUAUUGAUCUUGACAUUAACGUGUUUUCUAUUGGGGACUUGGACCUGGCAGUUCAGAGAUCUAAAAGACCGAGUUCUUUAUUUAACUUAAGAAGAUAUCCAUACUCGUUGGCCGAUUGGGUUUGUUUCCUACUCUUACAUUCUUGUUGAGGAUUGAAUCAGGUUAAAGAUUCUGUGUUGGUUUUUCGCCCAUUUGUCUGAACUUUUUGAAGAGGUAGAGCAUGGAAGAAAUCAGGAAAGAAGAUGCUAAUGUGGACACGAUAAAGGAAGUUUCAGUCGUAUCGAGCUCUUCAGUUUCCGAAAGCAGUGGCGACACCACUCGUCCCAAGCUAGGUUCUGUCCGGGGGAGGACAACUGGUCCUACUAGACGUUCAACAAAGGAAGGCUGGACAGAGGAGGAGGAUGAAACUUUAACCAAGGCAGUCAAUUAUUUCAAUGGGAAAAACUGGAAGAAAAUAGCUGAAUUUUUUCCGGGUCGGACAGAUCUUCAAUGCCUCCAUCGCUGGCAGAAGGUUCUUAAUCCAGAACUCGUUAAAGGAGCUUGGACCAAGGAGGAAGAUGACUGUAUCUUUGAGUUAGUUGAAAGAUAUGGCUGUAAGAAGUGGUCUGUUAUUGCAAAGUCCUUACCAGGCCGCAUAGGGAAGCAAUGCCGAGAAAGAUGGCACAAUCAUUUGAACCCAGCUAUAAAGAAAGAUGCAUGGACCAAGGAGGAGGAUUUGGCUCUUAUACGUGCCCACCAAAUAUAUGGAAACAAAUGGGCAGAAAUAGCGAGGCUUCUUCCUGGAAGGGCGGACAACUCAAUAAAGAAUCACUGGAACUGUAACAUUAAGAAGAAGCUGGAUUCAUAUUUAGCUUCUGGGUCCAAAGGGGAUCCACGUCUAAUCACUUCUCCAGAUUUUGACAUUCAUGAAACUAGAGCAGGAUGUUUAAGGGAUGAAACAGUGCGACCAAGCCCUGGCAUAUUAGUGUCUCUUGACCAGAAAAUGGAUUUGGAGGGUGGUGUUGGGACCUAUUUUCAGGGCACAGUUCUUGGAAAUGUGAAAGGAGCUCAGAGACAACUACAACUACAGCCUGUUGAGAAUGCUCCAGUAGAAACUUGUAGAUCUCCAAAAGAAGGAUUACAUGGCCCGAGGAAACCAGCAUCUGUAUUCAGAUAUGAUGACAAGGAUACCACUGCAAAUGCCCCAACCAGUGGACUGUGUGGAGGCAUUGCUGACAUGCUAGAUGUUUCACAUUGUAAGAGUUCUAUUCAACCUGAACUGUCAUGUAGCACCUUGUCAGGUUUUUCUGAGAAGAUGUAUUCAAAGAGUUUUGCAUCUCCUUAUCAUCUGGGACAUGCUACUUUUUCAGUUUCUUAUUCGAAUGUUAAAUUUGGUGUUACUGGAGGUACUGGAAGAAUGGAAUCUCCUAAACAGCCACGAUGCUUUGGAGUUCCCUUGAAUGGAUUGGUUUCAUCAGAUUCUAGGUUCAUUGGUGAAGCUAACAAUAAGUUCUCAAGUUUGCCCACUUGUGAAUUUGGUGGCUACAAUUAUAAUGAAGUUGUUAAACAAAACAAAGUCCCAGGCAUAACUCUAAAUCUUGAGGAUGUAAAUUUUGAUCGCUUGUAUUAUGAGCCUCCCCGGCCGAGGGAUUUGACUAUGGCCUUGGCAAAUGGUAGAGUUGCUGGUAUAAACAACUUUAUCGAAAUGACAAACAGUCCAGUUUGUUGUUCUACUCCGCUUAGUCAUGUGCAAGGUAACUCUGUGAUUUGUGGCAGUCCAGAGUCUAUGUUGAGGAAUGCUGCGAAGAAUUUUUGGAGUACCCCAUCUAUUAUUAGAAAGCGAGGGCGUGAGACUUACAGACAAGAAGGCAAUGCAAAUUAUUCCAAUGGCAUAUGUUCACCAGAAGCAAGGACCGACAGUUCCAAUGGCACACUGGGGUCCAAGCAAUCACAUUCGUGUGAACAUGAUGGCCUAGACAGUCUCAACAGCACAGAUGUACAGAACGUAACACAGCUUUUCCUUUCCCCUCCAAAUUCUCUAAAGUCCAACCUAUCUGUUUCUCUAAAAUCUGUUAAACGCCUGGAAGAUGCAUUUGAUAUGGAAUGGGAUCAUGCCGAAACCACAUGCAGCAACCCAGCUUCUGCGAGUGAUCCUUGUGAUGCCAAUCACAGUACAGAGGCAAUGUUGACAUCUUCAGACAACUUACUGGAACGUAGGCAAGUGGCAUCAGAAGGUCUUUCAUGAAAGCUCAUGCAUCUUGAUCCUGGAGAGUGUUAAGUUUGGAUGUUGUAUUUUGUGUUGCCCAAGUGCCAGAGAUUCAUUCUUUCCUGCAUCUUACUUCAAUAUUUGGCCAUUGCAGGAUGUUUUAUUUUGUGUUGCCUAAAUGCCGGAGAACCCAGUUCACAUUCAUCUGAUGGCAGGGUGUUGUUUUGGCAUUUGAAAACAAUAGAGUUAGAUUUAGUUCUUCCUCAUAUUCAUAUAUUGAUUUAUUUUCAAACUAUGAUAUAUUAACUCAAGUACCUACUACAGAUGGCUUUAAGCAACAUUGUCAGCCAUUAUGUUACAUGUUUGUAAUGG